AUGGUCAGCGCCACAGGAGCGACAAUCGCGCUUCGAGAUCUCAAGACGCCGCCAUCUCAGGAACCGUGCCGCGUCGGCGGGGCCAGAUUGAACCUCACGGGGAGCGCGUUUGACGGCGGAUUCCGCGGCACGUACGCUUCAGGGGAAGCGUAUUUGUCUACUAAGAGUUGCCUGCCGCUGGGGUGUAGACAACAAGAGUGUUUGCUCAUGUUUCACAACCAUCAACAGCCGCCGCCGCCGCCGCCGCUGGCGGCGGUGCAUCCGCCGCAGUCACACGUCAACGCAGCGCAUCAGGAAAUUUCUUCGCAGAACCAGAUAAGGAGCUUCCUAUUCACGGCGGCGGCGGGGGCGGCGGUGUCCUCCGUCCCGCCGGUUCCGUCAGCGGUUGGCGGAAGCCGCGCAGGCCUUCCUUUUUUUUCGCCUGUCGCGAGCGUAGCUGCUUCCGGUUCGUCAGCUGCCUACGAAGGCGCGGCGCCGACUGGUGGCGGUGGAUUUGGCGGAAUUUUCGGCGCCCCGGCGGUGGCGGCGGCGACCCCGCCCCUGUGGAAAACCCGCACAACUGGCGGCGUCCCCAGUUUAACAGUCGGUAGAUCUGCGGGGGAGCAAAGCGCGGAAUAUUUGCGCAGGGGAUGGGGCGGAGCCGAGGAUGGGGGAUACGGGGACGGGGACGGGGACGGGGACGGGGACGGGGACGGGGACGGGGAGGGGGAAGGGGAGGGGGAGGGGGAGGCAGAGGGGCAGCAGCAGAAAGCGAGCACGAAUGCCAAAGGGCAAUGGACUCCGGAGGAGGAUGCUUUGUUGCGUCAGCUGGUGGAGAGGGGCGGAGCCAAGGGGUGGACGGCCAUAGCAGCGCAUUUGAAUGGGCGCGCAGGGAAGCAGUGCCGGGAGCGGUGGCACAACCAUCUCAAGAGGGGCAUCAAGAAGGAGGCGUGGACGGAAGAGGAGGAGCGAGCUUUUGUAGAGGCUCACAAGCGGCUGGGCAACAGAUGGGCUGAGAUCGCAAGACUGUUACCGGGGAGAACAGACAACAGCGUCAAGAACCACUGGAACUCCACAGCCCGGAGGAAGGAGGAAAUGGGGCGAGGCGGGGCAGAGGGCAAAGGGAACGGUAGGCCUGGCAGUGCUGGGAGUGCUGGUAGUGCUGGUAGUGUUGGGAGUGUGGGGAGGGGAGCGUAUAGUGGUCGAUCGAACGUGCUCCUGCGGUAUAUCCAGUCGCUGAAGCAGGGGGGGCGGAGUGAGAGCGGAGGGGGGGAGAGCAGAGGAGGGGAAAGCAGAGGGGGGGAGAGCAGAAGGGGGGAGAGCAGAGAGAGGGAGAGAGGGAGCAGAGGAGGGGAGCAGCAGAGCAGAGGGGGAAGGAGCGAGAGCAGAAGGGGGGAGAGGGAGAGGAGUAAUUGGGAAGAGGGCGAUGGGGAAAUCAGAAGUGCUGGUAAAGGAAGGAGGGAGGGGAGAGAGGAGGGGAGAAGGAGGGAAGGAGGAGAGAGUGUGGGGGAAUGGAGUGAGAGGGGGAGAGUGAGAACAGUGGACGAGGGAGGUAUGGAUGGUUUUGAAAACUCUCAGAAACCUAUUGGAAGCUCAAAGAUCAAAGAGAGAAUCAUGGCGGUUUCUCAGAAGUCUCAGAAGUCUCAAAGGUCAACAGGAGGCUUGGAUGCUUAUGUGAAUUCAGAAGGGUUAACCCUAAAACCCACUGGAGGUAUGGAGGUGGAUGGGUUUGGGGGUAGGGGAUUGGAGCAGAAGCAAAGAGAGCUUAGGGCACAGCCACUUUCGCUACAGCCGGCAAUGCUGCAGCCGGACAUACUACAAGUAGCAACACUGCAGCGGCAACGCAUGCUACAGCCGGCAGGGCUACAGCCGGCAGUGGUACAGCCAGCCACACAACAAGCAGCCGCCUUCGCGUCUCAGAAUCCUACUGUGAUGAUGGAAAUAAGGGGUGAGGAGACAGGGGAGAAGCGAGAGGAGGAGGAAGAGGGAGAGGAGAGAGCAUGCAACGAUGUGGAAUGGAGAAUGAAGGGUAUGCAUCUGGGGUUGCCUGCAUCGGUACCAGCAGCAGCAGAACGAGCAGCAGCAGCAGCAGCAGAACGAGCAGCAGCAGCAGCAGCAGAACGAGCAGCAGCAGCAGCAGCAGCAGUGCCACUGCCACUUGUUGCUAACAGCACCAAAUGGGGCUCACAUGAGCCAAUGCUGGUAGCAGGUGAAGACUCUCAACCGCCAGCAGCAGCAGCAGCAGCAGCCAACACCCCGUUCCCGCAUUUUCCUCCACCUUCUCACCAACCCCAGCAUCCUCUCAGCUACCAUGAGGUGUAUUUUGAGGCGCCUCAAAAUGCAUCCCCUCCCUCAACUUCAACUCCGGCUCCUCUCGAGGUGACUUUUGAGUCGACUCAAAAGUCACCUCUUCCUUUCCAUGCCUCCCCUCCCUCCACUUCAACUCCUGCUCCUCUCUUCCCAGUGGCCCAGCAUUCAACAAUACACCAAUCCACUAACUAUAAUCAUUCCCCCGCACCACACUCACCUCCUCCUGCUCUCUCUCUCUCCCUCGCCCACACUGCCCCUAGCCCCUCUCAACCUCACCAGCCGUCUCCCCCGUUUCCCCCACCGUCUAAUUCUCACCCCCCCUCAUCCUCGUUCUCACUCUCCCCCUUUGUGUCGCCUCAAAAGUCAACUUUCCCUCCACCGUCUAACCCUGACCUCCCCCCAUCGUCUUCAUUCUCACUUUCCCACCGUCUCAAACGUCACCCCCGCUUCCCCCACCGUCUACCUCUCACCCCCCCUUAUCUCAUUUACUCUCACUCUCCUCCUUUGAGCAGACUCAAAAGUCAAACCCUCUUCAGCCAUCCGCCUCUCACCUCCCCCUGUCCACUCUCUCACUCUCCCUUUUUGAACCCGCACAUACUCCAGCUUUCUCUCCCGCUUUAA